AUGACGUUACUCGGUAAAGAUUUGUCAAAACUGCGACAUGAAACAAAAACAAAGAAUUUUUCUGUAAAUACUUCGAUUCGUAUCGGAUUAUUGACGCUUUCUGCAAUUCGAGAACUUCAUGAAAUUUCCGUUAUUUCCAGAGACAUUAAGCCAAGUAAUUUUGCAUUGGGUAUUAACAAGGAACGCAGGAAUAUUUAUAUUUUUGAUUUCGGACUCUCUCGAUUCUAUAGAAAUCAGGAUGGAUCGAUCUUACCAACACAACAUCAUUCGAUUUUUCGUGGAACAACACGAUAUGCUUCACUGCGAGCACAUCAAAAACUUGAACUUGGUCGACGAGAUGAUUUGGAAUCAUGGCUAUAUGUUAUGGUUGAAUUAUCCAGUGGUACUUUACCAUGGAGAACACCGAAGAAGAUGAAAGAAAAGAAGAGUCAAUUGAAAGAACAAGUAUAUCGAGCUAAAUUACGGAUUCGAUUCGGCGAUGAACGGAAGAAGUUCUUCAGAAAUUCACUUCCCAUUCUUGAUUACAUAUUCAUGAUGAUUGAUGGACUUGGCUUUGAAGCUAAUCCACCAUAUGAACAAAUCCAGUACAUGUUUGAAAAAUUAAUGCUUGAAGCGAAUGUGAAAUGGGAUGAUAUUUAUGACUGGGAAGAGACUAGGACAAUGCUAUCUAAACAAACAAUAUUCACGGAUGGAGCUACAUCAACAUCAGCUGCUAUGGCCACUUAUUCCAGGAGUCGAUCGGUAUUACUCCACGUCGGAACGACAACACCAACCGCAUCCACAGAAUCAUCGUCAUUGUUACCGAAUGUUUAUAUCGAAUAA